ACUUAACCACUAGUCUCUACCAGACUUCCCGGUUGGGUGAAAAUGUUGUAGAAAUGGGCCAAAAUAGUCAUACUUGGUAGGAGACUGGGCUUUCCUUAUUCGACUGGAGGUUGCAAAUUGUAACUAUAUCGCCGGCAAACUCCUCUGGCAAAUUAUCAAGUCUAUUUACUUAAUUAUUCCCAACAACCCUUGAAGUCUGAAAGAGACUACUAGGCGAAAACAAUGGCGCAGGUCUUCAUGCUCCCACACCGUUUCCCGUUCACCAUUCUAGACGUGUCUACCCUGCUGGUCUUUAUUGUCACCUUCCUUUUGGCCGUGAGGCUACUACGUAAGGGUCAGAUGCCCGGGAACCUGCCUCCGUCGGUGCCCGGAGGGUGGCCUCUGCUGCACCACCUCCCAACUCUGUUCAGGGCAGACGUUCGGCUCCAGCUUGACAAAUGGGCCAGAGGGCUUGGUGACGUUUACCACGUCAAGAUUUUUUGGGAUGAAAUGUAUGUUGUGAGUGGAUACGAUGCUCUCAAAGAAAUGAUGGAGGCGGAGGUGUUUUCUACACGGUUUGACGCAUGUACCUCGGCAAUUACCGGAGAUGGUCAAGACAUCAUAAUGGCUCCUUACGGUGAAAUCUUCAAGAAACGGCGGAGGUUUGCAACCAGCGUCUUCAGACAACUGGGAGUAAAGAUGGGCCGAGGGAGCAUUCAAGAUCAAAUUCAAGAGGAGGCACGUUCUAUUUGUGUCAGGAUCUCCGGGUACAGAGAGCAGCCGUUUGACGUCUCAGCCGACCUGGCAACCGCCGCAGGAAACAUCACCUGCGCCCUGGUCUUCGGGAAACGGUUUGACUACGGAGAUACCAGAUUCCAACAUCUGCAGACGACAAUGAAGAACCUUGGAGCGGAGAUGGCAAAAUGGAAAGUCCCUUUUAUCACUUACUUUCCUAUAGUUCAGGAUGCAGCUGCGGGACAGAAGUUCUAUUCCAAGAAAGUGCAGCAGUUCAUCCGAGAAGAAAUAGAUCGACACCGCCUGAAUCUGAACCCAGAGGAUCCACGAGACUUCAUAGACUACUGUCUGCUCCAGCUGGCCCAGCAGGAUGGGAGCGGUACCUGGCUGAAGGAAGACAACGUGGUGUACAUUAUUCAGGACCUCUUUCUGGCAGGGAUGGACACCACGGCUGCAACACUGACGUGGGCCCUGCUCUACAUGAUCCUCUAUCCGGAUAUUCAGCAGAAGGUCCAGUCUGAGCUUGACAGUGUGCUCGGCGCCACCAAGCCGAGCCUGGCACACAGAGACCAGCUUCCCUUCACCACCGCCACCAUCAUGGAGACCCAGCGGAUCCGCCAUAUUUCACCUGUAUUGUUCGGUCGGUGGGCCGCUGAGUCAACCCGCUUCCGUGGUUUCGACAUCGCAAAGGGAACUUAUCUGGCUCCGAACCUGAGGUCUGUCCACAUGGACCCUGAGGCAUGGCCCGACCCGGAAAUUUUCGACCCCAACCGGUUCCUAGAUGUGGAGAGCAAAGUUGUGAAGAACCCACCGUCAUUCCUACCAUUUUCUACAGGCCGUAGGAGCUGCUUAGGUGAGCAGCUGGCAAAGAUGGAACUCUUCCUCCUGUUCUCCGCCAUCCUGCAGCACUUCACGCUGAAGGUGCCAGAGGGCGCCCCUACACCUUCCACCGAAGGGAUCUUCAAGUCGCUGAGCAUGGUGCCCGCACCAUUCCAGCUUUGUGCCGUUUCUCGUUGAUACGUAAAGAUGGACACAUCAUCAUGCCCAUGGUCCGAAAGGGAGUGAGAAUACGAUAAUUUGGGGAAGGCUCUGUCUACAUCAGUAAUGUAUGGAAGUUCCGACGUAAGCAAAGCACUAGUCCUAGAUUGUGUGAUAAUGGGAUGUUUGAUUUUUUGCCCCUCCCCCUUGUUUAAGACACGAAAUCACUGGAUCAUUUAGAGGGUGAGAGGUUUGACUGUUGAUAGCCGGACGAAGUAUACAGCUAUCAAACUAGAAUGGCUAUCACAUCAAACUAUACACCACAGACCUUCUACUAUAUUAAAAAAUCACAAGGUUAAUUUGCCCGCUCGGAGGAUACCGAUAUUUGAAAUUUGGGGUCCUGGCCCACUAGGCUAAAGUUAAAUGCUGCGCGUUACACUAACUUUGUGAUGACCAAUAGAUAGCCUAUGCAAAGGUCAAUAAUAUCACGUGAUGUUCAGGUAACAAGGAUAAAGUCUAUUCACGUGAUUAUUCUACUUUACAUUUUAUUUA